GUGCCAGUCUUGAUAAAGAUGUGCGUAAAACUAUUAAAGAGGUGAAGAGGAUUCGAAAGAGGCACAUUUUCGAAGGAGGCCUUGGCAUUGGGAGAGCUCCAGCUUGUGGAAUUGUAAUUCCAACAGAAAAUUUAGAGGGUGAAAUUUCUACAAAAGAUGAAAUUUGGGAGCACUUGAUGGGCAAUAAAGUUGGAAUGAUUGGGGUUUGUGGUAUUGGUGGAGUUGGUAAGACUACAAUCAUGAAGCAUGUUAACAAUGAUUUGCAGACAGAGAGUAGAUUUCAGAAAGUGAUUUGGGUUACUGUAUCAUAUCCUCUCAAUGUUUUAGAACUACAAAAGAAGAUUGCACAUGCUAUGGGCAGAACACUUCCAGAAGAUGAAGAAAUGGUGCGGGCUGCAGCACUAAUGAAGAUGAUGGGAAGAGUGAGAUUUGUGCUAAUAUUAGAUGAUGUAUGGGAAAAUUUUUCUUUGACUGAUGUUGGAAUCCCAAAACCGACACUCCAGAAUGGGUGCAAAGUCGUUGUCACCAGUAGAUCGGUUGCUGUAUGCAAUUUUUGGGGUUGUGAGAUUGUUAAAGUGCAGCCUCUUUCACCAGGGGAGUCUUUAAAUCUAUUCCUCAAUAGGGUUGGACAUGAUGUUUUACAAGUUGCAGGAUUGGAAGAAAUUUUGAAGCUUAUUGUGAAGGAGUGCGCCGGUUUACCGCUGGCAAUUGUUGUAGUAGCAGGGUGCAUGAGGGGAGAAAAAGACAUUAUAGAGUGGAGAAAUGCACUAAAUGAAUUACGCCAGAAUGUAAAGAGUGUGAAAGUUGAGGAGGAUAUGAUAUUUAGGCGGUUAAAAUUUAGUUACGACCGUCUAAGAAGUUUGCAAAUCCAAAAAUGUUUUCUUUAUUGCUCCUUGUUCCAAGAAGAUUAUGAGUUUUAUAGAAAGGAGUUGAUAGAUGGUUGGAUUGAUGAAGGAUUGAUUGAUGGGUCGGGAAGAAAAGAAGUUUAUGAUAGGGGUCAUGGUUUUUUAAAUAUGCUGGAAAAGAACUGCUUGUUAGAGAAAACUGUUAAUAGUUCUUCUGAAGAAGUUUUUAAGAUGCAUGAUGUUGUGAGAGACAUGGCUAUCAAAUGCAUUGGUCUUGGAUGUGGAUAUAUGGUAAAAGCUGGCAUGAAAUUGACAGAGGUGCCGAAUGACAGUGAGUGGGUAGGAGAUCUUAAGAAGGUAUCUCUAAUGGCAAAUGACAUU